UGAAAACAAUUUCUUUAGAAAGAAUAGACGAUACACGCACGAAAAUGAACACAGACUUGAAAUUAACCCCCAGUAUUGAGAGCAGAAGCAUUCCACAGAAUUACAAUGAGGAAGAUGUGAAGGAAGAAGAGUCCAAGAGCUUGGUUCAGUCUAAAAAGUCUAUAAAAACAUCGAAUAAAUAAUAUAAAUGAUAGCUUUCAGAAGAAGAGUGAUAAAGGCACUUAUUCUGCCAUCUCUAGUAAUUACUCCCCGUAUAAAAGGGACGGAUCCUUGAAUGGGAUGGACUUCACUGCGAAAGUGGUCAAGAAAACAGCCAUGCUGGAUUUGAACAAACAGAUCAAUUUUAAAAAAAACCCUGAUUUCCAACUCCAGGAAGAACAGUUAAUGCCUACUGAUAUUAUGGGUGAAAAUGAUCAAAUAUUUGAUAAAAAACAGAAGUGGCAACAAAAUAGCAUGGCCAGACCUUUACUUGUGCCAAAGACUUGUAGUGUUAGAUCCUCGCUGAUACACCAAAGUAUUGAAGGCAAGUUUGGAAGCAAGGCGAAAAAGGAUUACUUCCAAAAAGAUAGGAGAUCUAUCGAUAAUAAUUCCUACACUUCUUAUUACGGUGGGCAUUUGAUUCAGCUUGAGAAGAAGAAUGAAAGCCAAAAACAUGGCAGGCUAAAUUCGGUGUCUGACAGAUCUAAAGGGUUCGGUUUUCAGAGCUUAAACACCUCAUUUCACAAUGGCAACGGAGGUUUGAGGCCACCCAGAAAUGAUUUUAUGCAUCAAAAACCUCAUUCAACAAAAUUUACAGUAAGAGAGAUGGUUGAUAGGAACAAUAUGAUGAUUAAGAACAUUGUUGAUCUGGAGAAGGAAAAGAAUAAACUCAAAUGGUCAUUUGCAAAACCUACUCAAUCGAAUUAUGUCGCAUUUAAGGAUAGAUCUGCAAUGGCUUCCUUUCAACCAGGAAAUACUAUAGUUAGGCAGUCAAUAGCUAGGUUUGGAAACCAUAAUCCUUUGACAAGUAUAACCUCCAAAGAGAUUCUAGAGAAUCUUCGAGAUGUUGAUUCUAGACGAGACAAAAGGUUAAGAAGUCAUACUAGUCAGCAUCACCCAAAGAAAAGCCAUAAGAGAAAGUCAAAAUAAGGCUAAAUUUAAUGACUCAAGAAGAUUUAAAUCAGUGAUACAGACUGUUGAGUACGAUAAGCAUGUUGAGCAGGAGAAAAGAAUCGAAGAUAACUCAUUCUUCCUCACUGGCCAAGCUAUGGGGGAUUUAGUUGAAGAAAAUCAUGAGAAACCUUCUAUACCUGUGUUCAAGACAGAACUUCAAGAUCUUAGAUUUGAUAAGAGUAUAAGAGGAGGUUCGAUGGGGAACAAAGGUUCAACCUUGAAGCAUAAUACAAAUCCAAGGAGGUUCAAGACCAGGCUUAUCCCUCAUCGAUCUAAGAGGGGAAUGAUAAAUCUCAAGCAACGUGACGAGAUAGAGUCCUUGAAUGACAUCCAGAUCAAGUUCUUCGGUACAUCAAACAUAUUCAACAAAGAGUCUGACGAUAAGCUUGAAUCUUAUCUUGACCUUAAGCGGACUUUUAAGAGACUUUCUGUUGGAGAAAGGAUGGACUCGAAAUUUAUUCCGUCUCUCCAUUUGCCGCAGCCGAAGGAUAACCAGUAUUGGAAGUCAGACCUCGAUCAUAAGCUCAGAUGUCUCCUGAGGGUUGACCAAAACAGCUCCGAUUCUGACCACGAGGGAUUAUAGCUUAAGUAG